CUCACCAUUGUCUCCACUAUGCCGGAGGAUGGACCCGCGCCACGCUGCUGGCCUUGUGCGGCGCGGCCACGGGCGCUAGCUGGGCAGUGGGGAGGGGACAGCCCGGGAGCAGCGGCCGGAGCCCCGCAGCGCAGCUCUGCAGAGGUGGCUUCUGACCUUUAUUAGAAAUCUGCUCAUCAGUCUGCUGUGCUGGAUUCGUAGAACAACAUGGCUUCUCACCAUUGUUAGAAAACAGAAACUUAAAAAUGAGCAGUGUUUGCUCUAAUUCAAGUAUUAGCCAACAACAGGCCCAGCAUCCUGCCCUGUGUUAAUCACCUCGUUCUGAUGCACCAUACAUUAUGGUUUACAUCAAUAUAGUGAAAAAAUUAAUAUGUGUACUCUUGUUGGUCGUUGUGGUUCUGACUAUUUGUUUGUGGAAAGAAACAAGAAAAGGCUACUACAUUCCCUUCAAAACACAAAGCAAAAGUAUUCAUAUUGCCAGAACUCUGGGAACAUGGGACAUACUUGCAUCUGGAGUCCUUUCAAACAAAGCUGUCAAUGAGAAGAGCCAGGUAUCUGGUGCUUUGAUGGGCAAACUGGAUAAAGCAAAGGACUACAUCUCUCCAACUGCUCCAGGAAACAAUGCAGUGGCAAAGUUAAAGAAAUCAGUGGGCAAUAUGAAUGUCUGGAAUGAAAACAGUUCAUCAAAGAAUCUUAUACCUAGACUGCAAAAGGUUAGACACAAUUACCUGUCCAUGAACAAGUACAAUGUUACUUACGCUGGGCCAAAGAAUACUGCCAGACCCAUUCCGAAGAAACUGCUGUGCCAGCUUCGGGACAGGGUGAAUGUGACGAUGAUCCAUGGGUCAGAUGGUCCGUUCAGUACCUCUGAAUGGCAGAAGUAUCUGCCAAGAAAAAACUUCAGCCAGGAAGUUGGCCACUUGGGUCAAUGCGCUGUUGUGUCCUCAGCAGGAUCUCUGAAGAACUCACGCCUGGGGCCAGAGAUAGACGCCCAUGAUGCAGUUUUAAGAUUUAAUGGGGCUCCUACCAGAGGGUUUCAGCAAGAUGUAGGAGAAAAGACAACCGUUCGCCUUGUUAACUCUCAGCUUAUAACAGUCGAGGAGCAGAAGUUCCUUACAGAAACAUUGUACAAUACUGGUAUCUUAAUUGUCUGGGAUCCAGCACCAUAUCAUGCAGAAAUUCAUGAGUGGUACAGAAGGCCAGACUACAAUUUCUUUGCAAACUACAAGGAAUAUCGUACUAGACAUCGUGAACAGCCCUUUUACAUCCUGAAUCCAAAAAUGCAGUGGGAGCUCUGGGAUAUACUGCAGGAGAACUCACUGGAGGACAUUCAGCCCAAUCCACCUUCUUCUGGAAUGCUUGGCAUUAUGAUCAUGAUGACCCUCUGUGAUAAAGUGAAUGUUUAUGAAUUCCUCCCUUCGAAACGACAGACAGACAUCUGCCACUAUUACCAGAGGUUCCAGGACCGCGCCUGCACCCUGGGUGCUUACCAUCCACUGCUGUUUGAGAAAAACUUGGUGAAGCACAUUAACCAAGGCACAGAUGAGAACAUUUACACCUAUGGAAAGGUGACUUUGCCUGGCUUCAGAAAUGUGCAUUGUUAGCAACUCAACUUCUACUGUGAAUAGAUACUUCUGUUGAUUUUCAAGGCACUUUUAGAUCUUGAGAUUGUUAGGCCUAAACAUUGAUGUGCCAUGAUAGUUCUUCCAUAAAACACCCUUUGCAUUCUUGUGAUGUAACUUCUCUGAUCUCCACUAUAGUAGAGAGCAUUACACAUCCUCCACAGUAAUUAUCCAAUGUCUAUCACCGUGGUCCCCAACCCGGGUGCGCUGCGCAUGCCCUGGCCCCGCCCCCGGGGGCACCAC